AUGGCGCCCCCACCUUCGACUGCGCCUUUGGGCGAACGUCUUGCAAAACUUGCAACCACCUUGCAAUUCGCCUGGUUCAUGGGCCAUUUCACCCUCCUCCUCAGUGUCUUCCGAUAUAGCCUCUCCUAUAUCACAUUCAACUAUUACUCCAAAUGGGCCUCCUUCACCUACCGUCUCGCGUUUGUCUCCGCGGUUGCAACGUACGGCAUUGUUGUCUUCAAGGCGUAUCGCGCUCGGGUCAAGUCCGGAGCCAACAUUGGUUCCACUAUAUUCCUUCUGUUGUCGGAUGAGAAUGUGCAAUACCUACUGAUAAGCCUGGUCUGGUUGUUCUCAAGGCAGGUUCCUUUGGCUCUGCUUCCUUUCACUGUCUAUUCGGUCUUCCACGUGGCAACCUACACUCGCACCAAUAUUAUUCCCACUCUUCAGCCCCCCAGAGCAGCUCCCGGCAGUACUCCCACUUCGCCCGGUGCCUCAAAAUCCCAAUCCGCUCUUGCCAAUUCCAUCGGCAAAUUCGUCAAAGAGUACUAUGACACAUCUAUGAUGCUGGUGGCUGGAUUGGAGAUUCUCCUGUGGUUCCGACUCCUUCUCUCCGCCUUGACCUUCAGCAAGGGUUCCUGGGCGCUUCUUGGUAUUUACACCGUCUUCUUGAGAGCCAGAUUUCACCAAAGUCAAUUUGUCCAAAGCGCCUUUGCUCAGGGCUCUGCCCACAUCGAUCAGCGGGUCCAGAAUCCCAAUGUAUCACCCGCGGUCAGGCAAGGUUGGGAAACUGUAAAGGGUUUCGGUCGCCAAGCUGUGGAUGCCACGGAUCUGCGGAAGUAUAUGGGAAGCACGAAUGCCCAGAAGAAACCUCAAUAA